AUGCUAUGGGGGUUGUUGUACUGCUGCAACCGUUCAAAGCGUAGAGCUCAUCAAGGAGGAUUGUGUCUUAAAGAAGAUGAAAAACCAUUUUCUUUUCCGGACACCGUUAAAGAUCGAUCUAGUAAAAAUUCCCGUUCCAGUCUGAGCAUAGAAUGGACAACAGAAGCUCUUCAACAGUUCAUCUACCAGUAUUCAGCUCGACGAAAUUUAUCCAGUGAGCAAAGCUUGUCAUUGUCUUAUUUCUCUCAAUCCUAUACACAGCUGUUUAAGCACGUAUACUACAGCGACAGCCGAUCCAUGACAGAGGCAGAUGAAGCUCAGGCUAUUGUUACGUUUACCAUCGGUUCCUAUUUAUACAAAUGCACCAACCCAAAAUCCAUGUUUUGGAAACGCUUGAUUGAGCAUAUGGAAAACAUUGAGGACGAUGGCACAUGCACAGACCGUCAGAUAGAAUUUCGCAAGAAGGUUGCAUCUGCGCAGAUUGGUCAUCCGGCUUUUCAUUUCCUUCCUUUCCAAAAUAAACGAAGUUUUCACUACAUUUGGUCUCUUUUUGUUUCUUCAUACUUCAUGAAUGCUGCCUCUGUCGCUCCGUCCCCUCAACAAAUCGCUGCAGAUGAUAACGGACAACGAAAAACUAGAAGGUCUACACCGCGAGAAAUCAAAAUUAGAGAAGAUGUCGAUGUCAUAAGAGAAAAGUUCUCACAACUUCUCACUGAAUGUCCCGACGAAUUCUGUGAAAACUGGCUGCAGCGGAUAUACAUCACAUGUGUCCUUCCAAAAAAUCAUUAUAUUUAUAUUUUAGAUGAAAGUCUUGAUUUUUUAGAGUCCAUUGAAUCCAUGAAGCAGCAGAUAAUUCGUCGAAAAGCUGCGGCUCUUGGUUAA